AUGAGUAUCAAAAAACGUGACAUUCCUUCGAGUGAAGAUUCGUCUGAGUUGACUUCAGAAACUGAGUCUGAAAAUGAAGAAGGACUUGGUGUAGAAGCUAAGGGUAGCGAAGUGCUGCAAAACACAGACGCUACAAUAUCUUGUAUAGUAAGUGGUUUGACUAAGCAGCUGGACGCGGUAAAAUGGGAGAAACCUAGUUCGGGUGGUGUUAUAACUGACGAUACUGAAGGUUAUCAGAUUGACAUUGGAACUUACGCAACUGACACCAACACUCAAACUACAAUUCUGACCGUACCUGCUGGUGAAAACACGGCUGAUGCUGUUUUUACCUGUGUCAUUCAAUCUGACGAGCAUGGAAAAACAUUAGCGUCUCCACAAAAGACUGAUGUCAACUCGAACAUUUUCACCGUCAGUCCAGAUACUCCUAAAAAAGCCACAACCGUUGUGGCUCAGACAUUGACUUGUGAUAUCGGAGAUGUGGCUACAGAUGUCACUGUGUCGUGGAAGGAUAAUGGUGGGGUUGCUAUAACAAGUGGUAGUGGAGGGUACACCAUCGCACAGGGAACAGCUGACUCUGCUGGUGACAGAAUUCAGAAAUCAACUCUGACCAUUGAUGCUGCCACUCUUCCAAGUGUAGCUGGAGCAGGAAAUCCCGCGACAUACAAAUGUGCUGCGCAAUCUGUAGAAUAUUCGGAUUCAGCAACAUCUACUUUCGAAGACAUUGUUGUCGACUUCCUUACUUUCGGUGUACAAGCUAAGGGUAGCGAAGUGCUGACAAACACAGAAGCUACAAUAUCUUGUAUAGUAAGUGGUUUGAGUAAGCAGCUGGACGCGGUAACAUGGCAGAAAGCUUCGGGUGAUGCUAUAACUCACGAUACUGGAGGUUAUCAGAUUGCCAUUGGAAGUUACGAUAAAGGUUCAAACAGUCAAACUACAAUUCUGACCGUACCUGGUGCUGAAAACACGGCUGAUGCUCUUUUCACCUGUGUCAUUCAAUCUGACGAGCAUGGAAAAACAUUAGCGUCUCCACAAAAGACUGAUGUCAACUCGAACAUUUUCACCGUCAGUCCAGAUACUCCUAAAAAAGCCACAACCGCUGUGGCUCAGACAUUGACUUGUGAUAUCGGAGAUGUGGCUACAGAUGUCACUGUGUCGUGGAAGGAUAAUGGUGGGGUUGCUAUAACAAGUGGUAGUGGAGGGUACACCAUCGCACAGGGAACAGCUGACUCUGCUGGUGACAGAAUUCAGAAAUCAACUCUGACCAUUGAUGCUGCCACUCUUCCAAGUGUAGCUGGAGCAGGAAAUCCCGCGACAUACAAAUGUGCUGCGCAAUCUGUAGAAUAUUCGGAUUCAGCAACAUCUACUUUCGAAGACAUUGUUGUCGACUUCCUUACUUUCGGUGUAGAAGCUAAGGGUAGCGAAGUGCUGCAAAACACAGACGCUACAAUAUCUUGUGUAGUAAGUGGUUUGACUAAGCAGCUGGACGCGGUAAAAUGGGAGAAACCUAGUUCGGGUGGUGUUAUAACUGAUAAUACUGACGGUUAUCAAAUUGACAUUGGAACUUACGAACCUACCACUAACAUUCAAACUACAAUUCUGACCAUACCUGCUGGUCAAAACACGGCUGAUGCUCUUUUCACCUGUGUCAUUACAUCUGACGAGCAUGCAAAAACAUCAGAAGAGACUGCUGUCAACUCGAACGUUUUCACCGUCGUUCCGGAGACUCCUAAAGAAGCCACCACCGCUGUGGCUCAGACAUUGACUUGUGAUAUCGGAGAUGUGGUUACAAGUGUCACUGUGUCGUGGAAGGAUCAUGCUGGGGUUGCUAUAACAAGUGGUAGUGGAGGGUACACCAUCGCACAGGGAACAGCUGACUCUGCUGGUGACAGAAUUCAGAAAUCAACUCUGACCAUUGAUGCUGCCACUCUUCCAAGUGUAGCUGGAGCAGGAAAUCCCGCGACAUACAAAUGUGCUGCGCAAUCUGUAGAAUAUUCGGAUUCAGCAACAUCUACUUUCGAAGACAUUGUUGUCGACUUCCUUACUUUCGGUGUAGAAGCUAAGGGUAGCGAAGUGCUGGCAAACACAGAAGCUACAAUAUCUUGUGUAGUAAGUGGUUUGAGUAAGCAGCUGGAGGCGGUAACAUGGAACAAUCCUUCGGGUGAUGCGAUAACUGCGAGUGCUGGCAGCUAUGCUAUCGAGCUCGGAACUUACGAUCCUGCCACCAACAUUCAAACUACCAUUCUGACCGUACCUGCUGGUGAAAAUGGAGCUGAUGCUGUUUUCACCUGUGUCAUUCAAUCUGACGAGCAUGCAAAAACAUCAGAAGAGACUGCUCAUGCUGUCAACUCGAACGUUUUCACCGUCGGUCCAGAUACUCCUAAAAAAGCCACCACCGCUGUGGCUCAGACAUUGACUUGUAAUAUCGGAGAUGUGGCUACAGAUGUCACUGUGUCGUGGAAGGAUCAUGCUGGGGCUGCUAUAACAAGUGGUAGUGGAGGGUACACCAUCGCACAGGGAACAGCUGACUCUGCUGGUGACAAAAUUCAGAAAUCAACUCUGACCAUUGAUGUUGACACUCUUACAAGUGUAGCUGGUGCUGCGAAUGGUUCACCCGUGACAUACAAAUGUGCUGCGGAAUCUAAAGAAUAUCCGGAUUCAGCAAUAUCUACUUACAAAGAUGUCAUUGUCAUCUUCAAUAAUUUUGGUGUAGAAGCUAAGGGUAGCGAAGUGCUGGCAAACACACAAGCUACAAUAUCUUGUGUAGUAAGUGGUUUGAGUAAGCAGCUGGAGGCGGUAACAUGGAAUAAACCUAGUUCGGGUGGUGUUAUAACUGACGGUACUGACAGCUAUGCUAUUGACGUUGGAACUUACGUUCCUGGCACCAACAUUCAAACUACAAUUCUGACCGUACCUGCUGGUGAAAACACGGCUGAUGCUGUUUUCACCUGUGUCAUUACAUCUGACGAGCAUGCAAAAACAUCAGAAGAGACUGCUGUCAACUCGAACGUUUUUACCGUCGAUCCGGAGACUCCUAAAAAAGCCACCACUGCUGUGGCUCAGACAUUGACUUGUGAUAUCGGAGAUGUGGCUACAGAUGUCACUGUGUCGUGGAAGGAUCAUGCUGGAGCUGCUAUAACAAGUGGUAGUGGAGGGUACACCAUCGCACAGGGAACAGCUGACUCUGGUACCAAAAUUCAGACAUCAACUCUGACCAUUGAUGUUGGCACUCUUACAACUGUGGCUGCGGGUGGUUCACCCGUGACAUACAAAUGUGCUGCGGAAUCUAAAGAAUAUCCGGAUUCAGCAACAUCUACUUUCAAAGAUAUCGUUGUUAGCUUCCUCACUUUUGGUGUAGAAGCUAAGGGUAGCGAAGUGCUGGCAAACACACAAGCUACAAUAUCUUGUGUAGUAAGUGGUUUGACUAAGCAGCUGGAGGCGGUAACAUGGAAUAAACCUAGUUCGGGUGGUGUUAUAACUGACGGUACUGACAGCUAUGCUAUUGACGUUGGAACUUACGUUCCUGGUACCAACAUUCAAACUACAAUUCUGACCGUACCUGCUGGUGAAAACACGGCUGAUGCUGUUUUCACCUGUGUCAUUACAUCUGACGAGCAUGCAAAAACAUCAGAAGAGACUGCUGUCAACUCGAACGUUUUCACCGUCGAUCCGGAGACUCCUAAAAAAGCCACCACCGCUGUGGCUCAGACAUUGACUUGUAAUAUCGGAGAUGUGGCUACAGAUGUCACUGUGUCGUGGAAGGAUCAUGCUGGGGCUGCUAUAACAAGUGGUAGUGGAGGGUACACCAUCGCACAGGGAACAGCUGACUCUGCUGGUGACAAAAUUCAGAAAUCAACUCUGACCAUUGAUGCUGCCACUCUUAAAAGUGUAGCUGGAGCUGCAAAUCCCGCGACAUACAAAUGUGCUGCGGAAUCUAUAGAAUAUCCGGAUUCAGCAACAUCUGCUUUUAAAGACAUUGUUGUCAACUUCCUUACUUUCGGUGUAGAAGCUAAGGGUAGCGAAGUGCUGGCAAACACAGAAGCUACAAUAUCUUGUGUAGUAAGUGGUUUGAGUAAGCAGCUGGAGGCGGUAACAUGGAAUAAACCUAGUUCGGGUGGUGUUAUAACUGACGGUACUGACAGCUAUGCUAUUGACGUUGGAACUUACGUUCCUGGUACCAACAUUCAAACUACAAUUCUGACCGUACCUGCUGGUGAAAACACGGCUGAUGCUGUUUUCACCUGUGUCAUUCAAUCUGACGAGCAUGGAAAAACAUCAGCGUCUCCACAAAAGACUGAUGUUAACUCAAAUGUUUUUAAUAUGGAAGUAACUGGUCUGGAGGUUAUCCAGGGUUCAACCGGCAUAAUGACAUGUACUGUUACUGGAAUAUCUACGAAACCCGAAAAGAUUGUGUGGGUUGUUGAUGGUAAGGAGUACGAGGAAACUGAGGAUAGUAAUGACACCUCGGGUACUACCUAUACGGUUACUGUUGGAGACCUUGAUUCAAGCACAGGGACUAUUGAAAGUGAAUUAAAGGCCAGUCCAGUGAGCGAAGAUACGGAUGUUACGUGUAAAGUAACCGUUGCAGCAGGGGAUUUUACUGAAGACGGAGAACUUAAAACAUUCGGACUUCACAGUCACGAUGACGUUGUCUUAAAGGGAGGAGAUAUUAAACUGUCCUGUAAAGUGGACGGUCGGACCAAAAAAAGUGGCAUCACAACAAUAACGUUAUCAAGCGUGCAAGCAGACGCUACUUACACAUGCAAAGUGGAAAUUGACGGAAAAGAGGAAGAAAAGGAGGUGUCUGUGGACGUGUUUGAGUUGGAACCUGUUGGCGACGUUAUCAGUGAGAGUGCCACAGAGACUUUAGCUAGGAUUCUGGUGACGGGCCUGUCAACUGCACACAGUGCUAAUGAUAAGCUCUCAAUAUAUUGGAGUAAAGUUGGGAGUUCUACGGUGGUACCUGCAGGACAGCUGAAAGAGUAUAAUCUACCAAAGGAUGGACUUAAGAUCACAGGUGUGACUGAAGACCAGACUUACAAAGUGACUGUCAGUGUGACUGUUGAUGCUGGUGAAGAUCCGCGAAUCUUCAAGGAAGAUGUCUUCAUCGACUUUGUUGUUGUGACGGCAACAGAUGUUAUCAAAGAGGACGACACAGAAGCUAUUCUUAGUUGUACUGUUAGUGAUGUAAAGAAGGAACUCACUUCGUCUUCUUGGACUCUUUCUGGAUCGACAGGAUGGAGCGGUGCUGCAGAAAACUUUUCGAAUGAUGGCCAGGCAAUAAAAAAUACUAAAACGAACAUUGACUACAAUACUGAUGAGGGAACAUGGCAAUGUAACGUUAUAUAUGAUCUUGCUCCAAGUCCAACAGUCUCCAGGACCAUUUUCUCCACUCUGAAACUUGACAUUCCAGCUUUCACUACGCCACUCAAAGACGAAUUUGCUGUUGGCGGGGCUGCUGCUACCUUCACUUGUGUUGCCAGGACAACUACGAAAGCGGAAGAUAUUGCUCCAGCUUAUUCAUGGUUUGUAAAAGGUGUUAAGGAAACAGAAACAUCUGGAAGUUUAACAAUUACCGACACUGACGACAAGGACAACACGGAUGUCAUUUGCAAGGCAACCUACUUAAAGGGAAACGUACCGUUCGAAAUAAGUUCCACGUCAAAGUUGUAUUCACAAGAGAUUGUUGUCACACCGGCCAGUGAAGUUUACGGAGUAGUCGGUGGGGAGCUAGCUUUAACCUGUACUUACAAUUCUCAACACGCAACAGACGUGAAUUCCAAUUGGCAGAGCGAUUUCGAAGUUAAAUGGUUACAAGAUGGUUUGGAUAUAGAAGAUGACGAGUCGUACGACAUUACUUCAACCCAUGAUGAAGGGUCCUUAACAACAAUACUAACAAUCCUAAAGUCUAAGUUUGAGAACAUCGAUUUGAAGGAUGAUACAUACACGUGUCAAUUUACAAGUACAAAAAGUGGAACUAACGACAAAACUUUCACCAUAAAAGACGUCUUCCAUAUAACAACUCAACCUACAAAAGCACUCGACAUAACCUCUGGUUAUACCGCCAACUUCGACAUAGAUGUUGCUCCUCAGCAAGCUGCUGGAUUUGGCGUAACCUACGAAUGGUUCAAAAAUGAUGUCACAAACAUUCCCGUGAACACGGACACUUCAACAAAGAGCUACGAAACUCCUGAUGUCUUCUAUGACACCGAUCGUAGCAAUGAAUACAGCUGUAAGGUCACGUGGAGGUCUGAUCACCAAACUCUAACGAUCAUGUCUGAUAAGGCUGGUCUCGAAAUAAUAAACUCAUGUAAAGUUACUAACAAUGCGAACGACAAAACGACUGUCAGUCCAGAAGACCCGUAUAUCAGGAACGGGGUAACUGUGACUACCACAUGCGAAAAAGGAUCCCUGUUACCAGUUAAUGAUUACACACAGUCGUGUAGUGUUCCGAACACUAUUGACAUCGUCAGUUGUGAAGACGGGUGCUAUGUUGAUACACCGAAUAAUGCCGACCUCUACCACGGAAUUCUUGAAUUCUUUGAUGCUGAAAAAUUGGAUGAGACAGGAUAUUCUACCAUACACGUUGACGAAACCGUGACAAUUACUUGUCAAGACACGACCAACAAAAAAUACGUGGUUACGUCCUCUACUGCUACCAACACUAAAACCUGCAAAGCUGGUCCAAUAGAUUUUGGAGGUGUCUGUAAAUUAGGCUGCAAACUAACAAAUAAUGGCAAUGCUGUCUUCACCGAUAGUGACAAUCUAAUUGCACCUGGAGACUCUCAACCUUAUACAUGCAACACUAACACGCUUACUAAAGAAGGAAAAAACACAGCAACGUCCAGUCAGUGUAAAGUAGAGGACAAUACUGUGAACAAUCCUGAGAUUCAGCUGAACGAAUGUUAUGCUCCAACGUUUUCGGAUCCAGAUGUCGAGAAAGGCACCUCCUGGGUAAUCCUGAAAAUGAAUCAGCCUGUCUCGGUAGGUGGUUCCAGACCUUCAGUUGAUAAAUAUGAAUGUGUUGUGACAGAGGGGAAUGCUGAGAAAGGAAGGGAUGACACUGAUGGGACAAACUCAGAGUGCGUAAUUAACGGUCUGCUUAGCGGAACAACGUACACGUACUCUGUAAAGAUUACCUUUGUUGGGGGUGCAGAAUGGAACUCUGUAAAGGAAUACGACUUUACGACACUUGAAGCACCUGAACCAGAUGUGGAUUCGAAAACGAUCAAACUUGACAUUCCAAAGGUGGAAAAUUCUGAAGAUACGUACAAAAUCGUUGCGGUAUGGUUCAAAACACCCACGGAACAAACGGCCAACCUUAAAGUAAUCAGUCAAGGAAAAAGACGGAAGCGGAGUACUGCUACUUAUGACAUCAACAUUAUUUACGAAAGUUUCAAAUUGCUACAGGAAAAAGAACCAACAAGUCUAAAGGGAGCAUUCUACGCCAAAAAAAAUGUAGAUAUUGAAAAAUCAGAUGUGGAUCCUUCUUCCCUUCCGCUUCCCGCUGGAGAAACGGUUGUGCUGGCUGCUUACGUUUGUGAGAAAGAUACCGGUACAUGUUAUGUUGGAACUGGUAGUUCGUACACGUCCCCUGAUGACAACACAGUUGCUAUAGUAAUUGGAGUAGUGGUCGGUUUUCUCGUUUUUGGUCUCCUCGCUGGACUGCUACUGUUGUACAAGAGGCGCCCGGAAUUGUUUGCGAAACGAAGCAAACCCGAUACAGAUCAUGCCGUAUUUGUUAACCCAUCAAGUAACGCACAACUUGAGGAAGGAAAAUAUCCCCAUGUGAGAAGUAACGAAGAAAAUGCCGUCCGUUUACCACCCGACGCUCAUGAAAUGCCGGAUAUUGAGAGGAGGAUCCCCGACCCGAUACACGUGGCAGACUUCCUUAGCAAGUACAGGAGACUCAUGCAGGACACUGAAUACUUGUUGGAUCGAGAGUACGAUGAGAUAAAGACUGAAGUACCUCCUACCAGUUUCUCCUACAGACACGCUAAAAUACCUGACAACAAGAUUAAGAACAGAUUCGUUGAUAUCCUCCCCUAUGAUGAGACCCGAGUGAAACUAGUGGCCACUCCAGAUCACCCAUCAGACUACAUAAACGCCUGUUUUGUAACGAACAUGACGAAUGAUGUGGAGUUUAUAGCUGCUCAAGGACCCAAGGAGGAGACUAUGGCAGAUUUCUGGCAGAUGGUUUGGGAAAACAGAAGUCUUUCCAUCGUUAUGGUGACCAAUCUCGUUGAAAAAGGACGUAAGAAGUGUGCCCAGUACUGGAGCGAUGAGGGCUCCAUGCAGUACGGGAACGUGCGUAUUACUGUUGAAGGCAUCCUGACCUUCCCUGAUUACUGUAUCAGGACACUUAUUGUGGAAAAGGGAGCUGAAAAGAGAUGUGUUUAUCACUUCCAUUAUCUGAUAUGGCCUGAUCACGGUGCUCCACCUACUACCUCUCUUAUUGACUUCUGUAGGAGGUGCUUCUCUGAGAUGGUGGACGGUCCUGUGGUGGUACACUGCAGUGCUGGUGUAGGUCGAACUGGAACCCUGAUGGCUCUCCACCUUCAAAUGAGGAUGUUAUCUGAUGAUCAGAGAGUUGACCUGUUUGGUAUCGUCUGUAGGCUCAGACGGUGCAGAAAACUCAUGGUCCAAACUUCUGUGCAAUACAAGUUCCUGUACCAAGCUGUCAGAGAAAUGAUCAUAUGUGACGAUACCUUCAUCGCUCUCCGCGAAUUUAACUCGGAGCUUGCCCGUCUAACAACACCACAAUCCGGUAACCAGUACAUGACGCUACUGGACGACCAGUUCAAAAGACUGGAAGAGUACUGUACCAUACACAUCACCCACGAUAAGAACGAGUUCAAGACUAAUAUUGGCACUGCCGGGGUUAAUCAUAGCAAGAACAGAUUCAGUAACGUACUACCUUUCGAUGUUAACCGAGUAAAACUGCGGGUCACAACCGGAGAAGCAGGAAGUGACUACAUAAACGCCUCCUAUGUUCACAGCUAUCACGAGCGAGAUUCGUUUAUAGCGACACAAGGUCCCAAACAGAAUACUAUCGGGGACUUCUGGAGGAUGAUAUUCGAAAAGGAAGUGUCCACCAUCGUUAUGCUAACUCCUCUAGUUGAUAGAGGCAGGGAGAGGUGCACGAUGUACUGGCCACGCGACAAGGAGGAUCCAAUCUGCGUGGACAACAUCACAGUCUACCUGCUGAACGUAGCUAAUCCUACCGCUGAAUACACUGUCAGAACCUUCAGUAUUUCUAUCAAGAACAGAGAGGAUGAGACGACACGCCAGAUAAAGCAGUACCACUACUAUUCCUGGACCAACUCAGAGAGUCCCUCAUCCGGGAAACCCCUUAUAAGGAUGAUAGAUCAGAUGAAGAACCAGAAAAAGAACGGGCCGGUAGUGGUCCACUGCAGUGCAGGUAUUGGUCGAACUGCAGUCUUUAUUGCUGUACACAACUGCAUAGAGCAGCUGCGACAGGAUGAGAUGAUUGAUUUGUUCACUAUAGUCCUACGGCUGCGGUUACAAAGGAAUGGAAUGAUCCAGUCAAUGGAUCAGUAUGCGUUCUGUUACCGUGUCAUGGCCGAAGUGUGCUCCAUGUUUGAUGACUAUGUGAACACUCAAGGAUUACAAGGCAGAUAAAAUUAUGUCCUAUAGUUAAGAGUGUUUUAGAUAUUCGACAGAUCUAGAGGGUAGAAGCUUGUUUAAUAUUACAGUGCUUAUUUGUGUUGGCUUGAUAGUGUACGGGAAUGUUGCAAUAAAUCGCUUUUGAAUGACUGAUAAAUUGUAAAGAUAACUGACCACGAGUAUUUACAUUAUGUAAUAUGCGUAGUCAUAUUAUCACAUUUUUAUGUGUCAGAUACAUUACUUUUUUCAUGAGCUAUUCCAGUAAAUAGUGACUACUGACUUUAGAUUGAUUCAUUAUCCAUUACCCAUAUAAUCGAUUUAUAAUGACGUUAUGGAACAUCUUUGAACACAACGAUUUAAUUUUCUUUUAUACUUAUUAUUUUCUUGUAAAUAAUACCUCUAACUUAAAAAUAACACCGCUAAGUAUAAUGUGAUCAAGUAAGGCUUUAGUUCGUUUUUCGUGAUUGGAAUGAGAACUUUCUGACUUCAGUUAAUUAAAUUCUGACAACAGUUUAUUUUUAUACAUUCAUUUUCAAUUUUUACGUGAUUGUUUUUAAUUAUGUGUAAUCAUUGUAGAUUAAUAAGUUUUUUACUCAUAAUAAUACAGAAUAUUUUAAUGAUUUCAGAAUUGGAAAUUUGCUUUCAGAUAAUCAGAUAUUUAGGUUUGAGUUUGACAGGAACAGAAUCUGUAACUACUAGUUUAAUUUCCGUAAAUGUUGUUCAGAUCCGCAUAUUAUUGAAAAUACUACUGCAUGUUAAUAUGACCAUUGUUUUUGCGCAAAUGAUAA